AUGAGCCAUAGGAACAGACGUCUUACCCCGGCUCCCACUGAUGGCAGACGUCCGUCCCAUCAACCAAGCCGCUUGGAAGAAGAAGGCACGCCCAGUGGCCCUCGCAAAGCGCAAGGUGUUCCUCCAGAGCUACGCAACCUCACCGCGGAAAUCAUCUUCGUGAUGGUGUGUUCUGCUGGACAGCUCCUGUUCGCGUUCUUCCUUGGCAACAUUACCGUAAACCAACAGGCCUUCAAGACUGCAUUAGGACUGCAACAGGCUGAACUGCCAUGGCUUGUCGGCGCCUUCCUCACGGCUCUGGGCCUGAGCGUCAUCCUCUCGGGCUCCCUAACCGACCUCCUACCGCCAAAGAUCCUCGUCGUGGGCGCAUUCGUAUGGCUCACCGUCUGGAAUGUCAUCGGGGUCUUCUCACUGACGCAAUCAAUCGCCAUCCUCUUCUUCAUCAUGCGCGCCAUGCAAGGCCUUGCAGUCGGCAUUCUCGUCUCUGGCAGCAUGUCCAUCCUCGGACGAGUCUACAACCCGGGUCAACGCAAGACCCGAGUCUUCUCUGCCAUGGCAGCGGCAUCCCCCUUCGGCUUCUGGCUCGGCGCCCUUCAGGGAGGUGCAUUCUCGCAUAGCCUGGAAUGGAUCUUCGGCUCCAACGCAAUCAUCUGUGCCCUGUGUGCGACUGCAGCCUUCUUCACGAUCCCAUCUCUCCGCCCCGUCGCCGAUAUGGCUGGUGCCGACGCACCCAGCAUGCGAUCGUUCGACUGGAAAGGAGCCAUCGCCGCUGUAGUAGGCUGCAUCUGCCUCCUCUUCGGCCUAACGCAAGGCACAGUCGCUCACUGGUCUCCGUACACCUACGCCCUCAUAAUCGUAGGCGUCCUCGUCAUGGUCCUCUUCUUCUGGAUCGAGACUCGCGUACCCCGACCACUCAUCCCCGCCCGCCUCUGGAAGACACCCGGCUUUGGUGCUUUGAUGCUCGCAUACUUCCUGGGAUUCGGAAGUUUCGUAGGCGCUUUCCAGUUCUAUGCCGUGCAGUUCUGGCUCAACCAGCAGCACAAGUCACCCAUUAUCGUGGCGUUGUACCUCCUCCCCAACGCCAUCUGCGGCGUACUAGCGACGUGGAUCGUGUCGAGAUUGAUGCACCGUGUUCCUGGCCAUUACAUCUUCCUAGCAUCCCAAGUCGCUUUCGCUUUGGGGCCAGCGUUCUUCCUGCCUCAGAAGCCUUCCACAUCCUACUUUGCUCUCUCAAUGACAGGCAUUGGCCUCGCAACCUUCGGCCCCGACCUCAGUUUCGCAGCGGCAAGCAUCUAUAUCACCUCCAACGUCGCGAGAAGCUACCAAGGAUCAGCAGGGAGUCUGCUCGUCACGAUCCAGAACCUGAGCAGUGCAAUUAUGACAAGUCUGGCGGAUAGUAUCGCGGCUGAGGUGGAUAGUAAUGCCGAGGGCGAGGUUGGAUUGCAGGGCCUGAGAGCUGCGUGGUGGUUGGCUCUGGCGGCGAGUGUAGUUGGAGCUGUCAUCACAGCUAUCUGGGUGAGGAUUCCGAAGGAGGAGGAGAAGGAUCAUGUUGCCUAA